CCAGGUGAGUUCGGAGAGGUGUGCAGCGGGCCCCUACAGUUGCCAGGGAAACGGGAGUUCCAGGUGGCCAUCAAGACGCUGAAGGCAGGCUACAGCGAGCAGCAGAGGCGGGACUUCCUGUGGGAGGCGUCCAUCAUGGGCCAGUUCGACCACCCCAACAUCAUACACCUGGAGGGUGUGAUGAUCACCAAGAGCAAGCCAGUGAUGAUCAUAACAGAGUACAUGGAGAACGGCUCUCUGGACUCCUUCCUCAAGAAGAACGACGGACAGUUCACGGUCAUACAGUUGGUCGGCAUGCUGCGAGGCAUCGCAUCAGGCAUGAGGUACCUGUCGGAGAUGGGCUAUGUGCACAGAGACCUGGCAGCUCUGGUGAACAGCAACCUGGUCUGCAAGGUGUCCGACUUCGGCCUUUCCAGAGUCCUGGAGGAUGACCAGGCCGAGUACACCACCCGGGGUGGGAAGAUUCCUAUUCGCUGGACGGCUCCGGAAGCCAUCGCCUACAGAAAGUUCACGUCGGCCAGUGACGUGUGGAGCAACGGCAUCGUCAUGUGGGAGGUGAUGUCAUACGGCGAGAGGCCCUACUGGGAGAUGUCCAAUCAGGAUGUGAUCAAGGCAGUGGAUGAGAGCUACCGUCUCCCAGGGCCCAUGGACUGCCCCGAGGCCCUUUACCUUCUCAUGAUGGACUGCUGGCAGCGGGAGCGCAGCACGCGGCCCAAGUUUGACGAGAUUGUGUGUGUGCUGGACAAGCUGAUCCGCAACCCCAGCUCACUGAAGAAGCUGGUCAACUUUUCCCACAGGGUUUCAAACCUCUUGGUGGAACAUGCCAGUGUGGAGGUGGACCAUACCACUCUGAGCCAGAGUGUGGGGGACUGGCUGGACUCGAUCAAGAUGGGUCGCUACACUGAGCUCUUUAUGGACGGGGGAUUCUCCUCAUUGGAGACGGUUGCACAAAUGACCUCAGAAGCGUGUGUAGCUGGCCCUAUUGCAGCAGCAGUACCGGCUGUUGAGCCGGAUCCCCGUGAUGGAGGCGAGUUGGAGGCCGCGGAGGCGGAGGUUGAGGCGGAGGCUGCUCGUAGUAGCAGGUGUGGUGACAGCGGCGAUGGGACAGGUAAAGAAGAGCUGGAUGCUGGUGGAGGCGAGGAGCAGGCGGUAGGUGUUGGCAGGUCGGAGUCAGAGGUAAAAGGCAAGGUCUCGGAGGAGAGGGCUAGUGGCAGCUGCGUUGUUUCAGCUAGCGGUGUGAACUAA